UCGGACUCAAGCCCGGACCCGCAUGUCACCCGAAGUAAAGCCGACCAGCCAAACCCCUCCUCUCCCCUGACGGCCAGCUGCGCAAGAACCACGCGACGCCGCGGCCCCGGCUUCCUCCGGGCUGCUCGCGAGUGGAGAGAGCAAUGCCGAUGGCGCUGGAGAGAGGCGCCCGGCUUGGCCGCGGGGUGCCGCCGCCAGCCGCGGCGUGCGGCGGCUCCUCUUCGGCUGGGCGGGGCAGCGACAGCCGUGCGGAGGCGGUGCACGUGGAGGAGGCGGAGGAGGGAGACGGGGAGGUGCAGAGCUCGCUCAGAGGCCCCUUCGACACCAUGGACGCGCUCCAGGAUUCCCUGCCCUGCAGGAGAGAGGUAUCCGAAUUCUACAAUAGCAAAUCUAGUUCUUUGGCAAAUGAUGGGGAUGUUGUGCUCUCACCUCAAUCUUCAAAAGGCCUUGCUAAUCCUGAAACCCCAUCACCUAAGAAGCGUAAGGGUGCUCUUCCAUUCGGUAUCAACGAUAAUGAGACCCAGAGCAAAGAGCUGAGCCCUGUCGGCGAUGACACCAACAGCCCAACGACCUGCAGGAAGCCAUUGAAUACAUCUGUUACAGGCAGAUCUCCAUGCAAGACCAGAAACGGCAAUGAGCGUGAUUCCUGUAAGAACCUGCCUUGCCAGUGCCUGCAGAGAAGGUUCACUGACAUGAAUGACUUUUGUUUUCCACCUGUUACCCCUCAAAUUCAGCUGAUCUCAGUUCAGAUGGGAUCUAUCUCAGCGGUUGGUCAAGAUGUGGCGGAGUCGUCUCGUGUGGUUUCUCCUAGGGAAAAGCGCAGGAAAAACUAGCAACACCGGCAUUUUCACCGGUCAACCAUUGAUGUCAAUUAUAGACUGGAGUCCAGUGGCUAAGUAUAUUUUGGUCCCCAUAUGCAGUGCAAUGAUUCAUACUUCAUAGGGUCAGUGUUGGUUUGUAUAGUGCUAGUAGCCUCUGGCUAUCAUCCUUGAAACAUAAUGAGAGGUGUUAAAAUUGAGAAAGUAAGCAUGCUCUACCUUAUCGCCCUUAUAA